UUACAGCCUGGGAAAGGACGCUGUACGAACGCCUGCGAUGCAAGAAUACGUGAGAAGUGGAAACAUGCGUCAUGACACCGCAAUGCAGGCUGGAUAUGGACACGUGCCUAUGGUGCCACCUGGUGGUUACGGUGGGGACAACUCUAGCUACUACGGAAACCGGAAUGGAAUGCCUGGCCAGUCUGGAGGAUUUGUGCCUAUCGACAGCAAUACAAUACCGACUUAUCUCCCUUCAGAAAAUGAACGACAAAGAAGGGAGGCGUAUGAGACAAGUAAUAGCUUAAAUCGAGAGCUUUCAUCUUACCUGUCUGGUGGAUCAUUAAAACCCUUGGAUAUGAGCAGUCAGUAUCGUGAAAACUGGGAUAAUCAAUUUGAUCCGUAUGGAACACAGGAAAGGUCGCUGAACCAUCAUAGCCAUCCCUCCGAGAACCGGUUAUUGCCCGGAGAGGAAAUUCCGUCGUGGUACACGGCUCGACAGAUUCAUCAGCAUGAGGAGAUGCUACGGUUACAACAACAACAGCAACAUCUCAACCAAAACUUGCUCAAGCCAGUCAAAGGAGGCAAAGGUAAGAAGGGCAAAGGAAAGAAAUAACGACCCUUCUGAUUGGAUGAUUCAUCGACGGAACCAAAGUGUAUUCUCAGAUUAUCAAAUUUCGACUGGACUUACGGAGCGUCGAGAGUGUGAGAGAGGUCUGGGGAAACGAGACCACUUUGUGUCAAGAUCCAAAACAUUUUUGGCAAC